ACCUUGCUCGGCAGACAGACUACAUUUCCCAGGAAUCUCUGCGGCGGUCAGGCUCCACCUGUAACCAUGGAAACGGGAACAGGCGGACCCAGCAAAAGAGACUUCAGAGGAUUGGUGAGGAGAGAGAGGCGAGGCCGGAAGAGGAAGGGCCAAGUCAAGCAGGUACUUAGUGUCACUUCCGCUUCCACGUGAUGCUCGCGUCUCAGACGCGCCUGUAUCGGCUUCGGGCUUACCUCUGAUUUUUAGCGGCCACCGGGAUUGGAGCCGCGCGUUCCCGGUCGGACUCCGCCUCCUGCUCCUUGGCGGCCGCGGAGCAUGGCCCCGGUGCUGCUGACCGCCCGGACCCCGCAGGAAUCGGUUACAUUCAGUGAUGUCGCAGUGGAAUUUACUUGUGAGGAAUGGAGACACCUGGCCCCCCCUCAGAAGGAGCUGUACCGGGAGGUGAUGCUGGAGAACUAUAGGAACUUGGUGCGCCUGGGACUUACGGUUUCCAAGCCAGAGGUGAUCUCCCAGUUGGAGCGAAGGGAAGCACCCUGGACGCCAGGAGGGAUCCCGAGGAGUAGCCACCCAGAUUGGGAGGCUGCUCAUGAAACUAAGGAGUUUUCUCUAAGGCUGGGGAUUUCAGUAGAAGAAUCAUCCCAAGAAAAAGGCAUGGAAGAAGAUCUCCAUUUAUCUACCUUACAAGAAGCCUGGGAACAUGGUGGUGCUAUAUUAGAAAGGGAGGAGAACAGUGAGGGAAAACAUUCUUGGAAAGUAAAAAUAACUCAAAAGAAAAGUGCAUAUAAGUCAAGAAGCUACAAAUAUGACAAACACUUCAGUCUGGGGCACAUUUCUUUUGUGCGACAGAGAUCAUCUUUUGGAAUGAGCCUCCUGAAACGAGAUACAAGUAGAAAACACUUCAAACUUUCUACAGACCUAAGGAAAUAUAAUAGAAUGUAUUCAAAGAAGAUAUUUUCCAAAUAUAAUGACUAUGGGAAAUUUUUAAAGCAUAAUUCAGACUUUAUGGAAAAUUAUAGGCUGCAUAAUGAAGAGAAACGUUAUCAGUGUAAUGAAUGUGGGAAAGCCUUCAGCCAGAGGGCCAGUCUUAUUCAACAUCAUAGAAUUCAUACUGGAGAGAAACCUUUUGAAUGUAAUGUGUGUGGAAAGGCUUUCCGCCAGAGCACUGGACUUAAUCAACACCAGACAGUUCAUACUGGAGAAAAACGUUAUGAGUGUAAUGAAUGUGGAAAGGCCUUUCGCCUGAGAAAACAGUUGAUUCAGCAUUACAGAAUUCAUACGGGAGAAAAACCAUAUGAAUGUAACGACUGCGGAAAAGCCUUCCGCCAGAGCUCACAACUUACUCAACAUCAGACAAUUCAUACUGGAGAGAAACCUUAUGAAUGUGCUGAAUGUGGAAAGGCCUUCCGCCUGAGAACAUUACUUAUUCAGCAUCAUAAAAUUCAUACUGGAAAGAAACCUUAUCAAUGUAAUGACUGUGGAAAGGCUUUCCGCCUCAGUUCACAGCUUAUUCAACAUCAGACAGUUCAUAAUGGAAAGGAACCUUAUGGAUGCACUGUAUGUGGAAAGGCCUUUCAUCAAAGAGCUCAACUUAAUCAACACCAGGCGGUCCAUUUUGGUGAAAAACCUUAUGAAUGUAAUGAAUGUGGGAAGACCUUUCGCAACAGUACUUGCCUUAUUCAACAUCAGACGAUUCAUACUGGAGAGAAACCUUACGAAUGUCGGGAAUGUGGGAAAGCCUUCAGAUUGAGCUCUUAUCUUACAAGGCAUCAGAGAAUUCAUACUGGAGAGAAGCCUUAUAAAUGUGAUCAAUGUGGGAAAGCCUUUUGCCAGAGCUCACAGCUUACUCAACAUCAGAUAAUUCAUACUGGUGAGAAGCCUUAUGCGUGUAAUGAAUGUGGGAAAGCCUUUAGUCAGAAAACAGAACUUACUCGGCAUCAGACAAUUCAUACUGGAGAGAAACCUUAUGAAUGCAAUGAAUGUGGGAAGGCUUUCCGCCGGAAAGCAGGACUUGUUGAACAUAAGAUAAUUCACACUGGAGAGAAAACUCAUAGGUGUAAUGAAUGUGGGAAGGCUUUUCGCUGGAAGACAGGACUUACGAUUCAUCAGAAAAUUCAUAGUGGAGAAAAACAGUAUGAAUGUAAUGAAUGUGGCAAUGCCUUCCGCCUGAAAAGACAGCUUACUCAACAUCAGAGGCUUCAUACUGGUGACAAACUUUGUGAAUGUGACCAAUGUGGGAUGAUUUUUAGCCAGAGUAGAAACCUUAUUCGACAUCAGCGAAUCCAUAGUGGAGAAAAACCUUAUGAAUGUAAUGAAUGUGGGAAAGCCUUCCGUUUGAAGGCACGUCUUACUAAACAUCUGACAGUUCAUACUGGUGAGAAACAUUUUGAGUGUGGUGAGUGUGGAAAGGCCUUCCGCCAGAAGACACACCUUACUGAACAUCAGACAAUUCACAGUGGCGAGAAACCCUUUGAAUGUAAUGAAUGCGGGAAGGCCUUCCGCUUGAGAACACAACUUAUUCAACAUCAUAGAAUUCAUACUGGUGAGAAACCAUUUGAGUGUAAUGUGUGUGGGAAGGCUUUCAGUCACAGGACAGAACGCAAUCGGCAUUAUAGGAUUCAUACUGGAGAGAAACGUUACGAAUGUAUUGAGUGCGGGAGAGCCUUCCGCUUGAGCACACACCUUACACGGCACAAGAGGAUUCACACUGGGGAGAAACCCUAUGAAUGUAAUGAAUGUGAGAUGGCAUUCCGUCUGAAAGCACAACUUACUCAUCAUCAGAAAAUUCAUACAAGAGAGAACCUUUAAGAGGGUUGUCAUUUAGGAAAGGCUUUCCUUCUGGAACAAUCAAUAUAAAUAUGGAACAAAAAAAAGUUUGUAUCACAAAUAUAGAAUGAAUUUUAGUUAAACCAACUUAUGAAAUACUAAGAAUUUUUUCCUAAGGGGCCAUGUGAAUAGAAGGAAAGGAAUAAAAUUAAAGAAUUGAACAAAAGGAA